CACCUGGGCAGGGAGCAGGGGCGCCCACUAGCUAAAUGCUAAUGAGGCUGCCACACUGUGGGGAAACAGUAAUCGCCCGCGACAGCAGUCACAGCCUCUUAAGUGGAAACUAACGUGUGAAAACAGAGGGUUUGAGUUGUUUUCAAGAGGGUUUGAGGCAGGAUACAGAACGGGGACUGGUUGUUGAAGUGCCCCAAAAGUGCAUUGAACUGCCGUAAGAUUUGAGGCAGAUUUCGGCGUAUAAAUAGCUGUUGCAAUGCCUUCAAACAGCCAAAACAGACUCAGCCACAGGAUGUUGGGCAAGGACACAAGUGCAAUAACGGCAGUACAGGUCUCCAGGCGGCACUGGCCGCUCGUCAUGCUGAUCUUCCUGGCCGUCGUCCAGGGCCAUGUCCAUCAGCUGCAGCAGGGCAGCCACAAGCUGUGCGGCCAGGCCCUGUCCGACGCCAUGGACGUGGUCUGUGCCCACGGCUACAACACGCUGCCGCAGAAAAAGAGUUCCACAGUGGAUGCCCAAGAUGAUGAUGCACCCGAGUAUGCGUUGAGCCCUCUGCUCUCCAGCCUCUAUGGGGCAGAGGUGCUCAUCAAGACGCGGCGACAUCGGAGACAGCGGUCAUCGGGUGGCAUCUACGACGAGUGCUGUGUGUACUCUUGCCGCUACGAGGAGCUGGCCUCCUACUGCCUCCCCAAAUAA